GCCAUAGUACUAGAUUAUGGCUUGAAGAUUUGCAAUCUACUUGCUACAUAUCAUACAUAUUGUCAUCUGAGAAUUAAUACUAGGUCCUCGAUACCAUGUUCUAAGUACGAAAGAACAACCAAUAUGUAUAGGAUUACCAGUCGUAUACCACACAAUGAUACCCGGACUAUACGAGAAAACACCUAUACUCGUAACUGUAAUUCCAAAGUACUAGACUAUGGCUUGAAGAUUUGGAAUCUACUUGCUAUAUAUAAUGUUGAAUCUUCUCGAAAAACAAUUUUUUUUUACUGUGAGAUUCAAUUGUAACAUAUUGAAUCAUUUAGACACAGGAUAUGUUGGACAGUUCUACUAGGGAUGUCAAACAAAGUUUGUAUAAGCAUUGGUUGGAAGUGUGCAAGCUGUAUGGAGGCAGAGAUUUUCCAGUGUCUAAGCAUGGUUCUUUCUUCAACAUCUGUAAGUUGUUUUAUUCCCUGUAGAACUAUGUUUAUUGUUCAGUAUCCUUGUCUCGUAUGGAGGCAGAGAUUUUCCAGUGUCUAAGCAUGGUUCUUUCUUCAACAUCUGUAAGUUGUUUUAUUCCCUGUAGAACUAUGUUUAUUGUUCAGUAUCCUUGUCUCGAUUUUGUAAUUGCAUAUGAAGAACUCUCUUGAUCAACUGUAACGAAUAGGAUAAAGCCACCAUUACAAUUUCAGGUUAUAUGAAAACCUUGUUGAAUGAAACAUGUUGAUAUUAUCAUUUGAUGUCUUAUCAGCAAAAUCUUCGGCAUUUCGGGCUCUCUAGUUAAUCACUAUUGUGCGCUCAUGAAACAUGUAAUACCUAAUAUUUAAACCUAAUUUCUUGAAAGAAUGUAGUCAUGUUAAAUUUGGGGAAACACUAGACUUCACCUUGAUUUCUUCUAUGGUGUGAAGAAGCAUACUUAAUGAAUUCCAUGAUGUAGCAGAUCGAAGUACUUAAAUUACUGAUACUAAAAAGGCCUUUAAAUUAAGCCUAGCAUGUCUUGAUGCUUUCAUGUGCUCUUUUGGUCUAGAGGAAUGAGAUUUCUAUCACUUGACUAAUCUUUGUGAACUAAUUCCAUUUUUAUAUUUCCUGAGCAGAACCAGUGUUUGGAUAGUCCUUGUGAGAGUUUUGUUCCUCCUGCUUUCUUUGUUGUAGUAUUGCCUUGCCUUUUCGUUACUACUGUACUUGUUUGGAAUGCAGUUUGACAUACUGUGUUCUUUGUAUCUGUGCAGCAGUCUAUAGUUGAUGUUCUUUGUUUGUUUCUGCAGUCAAUAGCUACAGGGAUGUGUUGCAUUGUAACAAGAAACCUUUCUAUCUCAAAGGUCACGGAGAAGAUUCUAACAUUAUGGACGCGUACCUCAUGCAUUCUGUGAGCUUGCAUCUCCUUUUCUUUUGUUCUGUAGUGGUGUUCUUGGAACUGUAUAUCCAUAAUCUCAAUCUGGUAAUAUUAUGUUGCAGUUGAAUCACAUUUUCAGAAGUAUAGAUCUUGUGAAAAAGAAUGAUACGAAAGUUGCCAAGCUUCAAGAAACUGCUGAAAGUGAGUUGCUUAUUGAUGAUGUUGUUCGUGAUCGUGGAUUCACUCGGCCAAAGGUAAUUUGGAUUUUUGCUUUUAGUUUGACUUCUAAGCUGGCUGCACCUUGGAAGUGGCAAUUAAUGAUGCACCAAAUUAGGCAUUAUUGCUUACGGGAAAUUGCACUACCUUGUAGCUGCAAGCUUCAGAAUGAUAAUAUCUGUCAGUUGAUAAAAAAUAUCUUGCUUCAUUGCUUGUAAAAAAUGUGGCUACUGACCUUUCAGUGCUGCUUAGAGUACUGCUCUCCUCGUAUCUCUUAAACAAUUAAUUGCUUACAGAAAAUUGCACUACCUUGUACCUGCAAGAUUCAGAAUGAUAAUAUCUGUCAGUUGAUCAGUUGAUAAAGAAUAUCUUGCUUCAUUGCUUGUAAAAUGUGGCUACUGACAUUUCAGUGCUGCUUAGAGUACUGCUCUCCUCGUAUAUCUUAAACAUCUAAUAGAAGUAUUCACUAGCCCUCCUUCCUGCCCAUGCAUAUGUACAUGUCCCACUCUUAUUUUCUUGUUUCACCAAGUUCCCUGAUCCAGACAAAGGGAAGUUCGUUACCAAAUAACGUGGGUGCUUAUUUUUACUUAACAAUAAGUUAAUGAUAAGUUAACCCGAAUGAGCCAACUUAUGAGAUAAGUUGGGGUAAUGAGUGGGUGACAUUCUGUUUUAUAGUUUUCUCUCACCGGUAGUGAAAGACAAUCUUUCUCACCUUUAUUUUUGAACCACUCAGGUUAGUGGUGUUUUAUUAACUACUACCAAAAUGUCUUACUCUAUCAUCUAAACAAAAUGUUUAAUCAUCCAGAUUCGAAAUGGGGUUACACACACUAUUACAACUUAAAAGUAACUGUAAAACAUAACAAAGAGCCCUAGUGUUGCCUUUUAUUGCAUUUAAGUGUUGAAUUAGAAGUGCUACAAGACCCUCUUGAACUAAUGUUUUCCCCAGUCAUUGGAAGUUAGCGGCUUAGCGCACUUGCUUAUUUUUGUCUCAAAUGGCUAUAUCAGGUUUUGAUCUUGUUGCCAAUUAGACACAUUGCACUUCGUGUUGUGAAGAGGCUGAUUCAAUUGACUCCUCAAGCUUCAAAGGUAAAUUGUCCAGUAUUUUCUUCGUUCAUAAGUAAUUUUGCAUUUGUACCCAUCAUUUUCUUCUAUGCUUGACAUGUGGAAGGAAUGGUGACGGUAGGUGUACCCAUUAUUUUCGCACAACUCUUCCAAGAAAAUUAUUCUGUAGUAUGUUUCAUCAGUCAUUCUGAAGGCAUACCUAUGAAGCAGAGACAAUUUUCUUACUGAUAGAUAUUUCAUUCCUAUCCUGUUGUGUUGGAUAUAGUUUUCUUAGGCUAGUUAGACGGUUUCAAGCAGGUAAAUGUGGAGUUCAUGGAUCGAUUCCUUGAAGAGUUUGGAUAUCAAGAAGAUGAAGCCGAUCUGGACAAUGAAGAAUUGAAACUCAAAAUUGGAAAUUCAAAAUCUCAGAAGAUUUCUAAGCCAUCUGACUAUGAAGCACUUUUUGGUGGAAAUUCUGACGAUGAUUUUAUGAUUGGAAUUAAGUUUACUAGGUAAACCAUUUAAUUUGGUGGGAUGUAGCUUUACAGGAAUUUCGCUGUUAACUUCAUUGCUUUUCUUCAGUCUUGACAUGCAGGAUAACCUUUGUUGGUGAAUCUGAGCUACUCUUUGUGGCUUUUCUUCUCUUCUGCAUUCUCUUAAGUGCAUGUGGCUUCCAUCUUCUUGAAUUUCUUUCUCAAUCCUUUUGUGUCUUAUGCAGGAAAAGCAUAAGGUUAUAUAGUGACUUUUAUUCAUCCGACAUGAUUGUUGCUUCUCCACUUGCGUUGCGGGAGGUAUCGUUUUAUGCGUCCUUGGAAAUUUUUUACAUUUUACUUUAUGUCGAGCUUCUCAUUAAUAUUCCGGAUAAUCACGAUCUUGAAGACGUGGUGAAAUCUGUUAGUUUAGUAGUUGAACCAUUCCACAAAAGAUUUAGUAGUUUAUCCCAGAAUAAGGUAAAUUCCCAUUUGAUAUGCUUAAGCUUGAGAAGUUUUUAUCAACUCUUAUGCUGUAAAAUGCUACUACUGUUUUAUUUUUAUUUUUUAAUUUUUUUUUAAUUUGGACUUCUCACUACCUGGAUAUUUGAAGCAUGUAUACCUUAAUAUGCUUAAUCCAAAAGUUUUUUACUUUAAUUGAAAAGUCAGGGUUCUAUGAUAUACAGCAGUUCUGCAUUCUGGUUACUUCUGAAAGUGUUUGUUUCCAUAGAGAUCCAACUUCAUCAAUUCUAGUGUGGCAGAAGAUGUGCACAACCCAAAACCUUGCAGGCUUUAGCUAUGCAUUUCUGUGACAUGGAUAUAGACUUUGGUAGCUCAGAUACACCAAAUUAAAUUCAUUGAUUUCUUUGUAAUAGCCUUUAAUUGUCCUUUGGGUCAUUGGGAGCCGUAACUUAAGGUUGGAAGGGAUACCAAAAGGCUUAAAGUAAAGGAGCUUUUGGCUGCAAUUAGAUUGCAAAGUACUUGUUGCAGGAAGUCCUGCAUUAAACUUCGUAGAACUUCACAUUUUUGUGGUCGAAAGGACUCUACAUUUGUUGGUAUAUGUCAGGGAAUUACUCUUUAUUUUAUGGUUUUUACCAUUACAUUUUGUGGUUUUUAUUUGAUUUCUGACAUGUUUGUCUUUCCAGAAAAUUGACAAAGUUUGGGCCAAAAAGGAAGAGGAUUUUGAUUAUCUUUCUUCUAUUGAGGUAUUUACUCUUUGCUAUCUCUUUUUUCUCAUUUGUCGGCACAUGCCUUCGAAUAUCAUUACUAUUUGUUCCUACUAUAUUCUUUUUGCUAGAUACUAAAUGGGAGGAACGUUGUUUCACUGUAAAAUGAGCAGGUCACCAUAGUUGAUCAUGCUGAUGUAAUAGCAAUGCAAGUAGGUGCUUCGAACCCAUUGUUUGUCUUGAAUUUGUAUGCUUAUUCACAUUCGAUAAUUUGACCCUCUCCCCUCCCCCUCCCAUGCUGCCCCCCUCCUACGCUAAUGCAUGUUGAUUGGAACUAUUUAGAACUGGGAGCAUCUUGCUGUAGUUCUUGAACAAUCCAACCACAUGCCCUCCAAGCAACACGGGACUGACAUCAUGCGCAUUAGAAAAUGGUUUGUGAGUUGGUCGUUUCAUGUUCUUUUUUCUAUUUAUAUCAUGUGCCUUAUCUCUUUUUCUGUAUAGGCACCUGGAUGGGCAUGCCAGAUUUUACCGUCAAACAAUUGUAUUAGGUCAUUAUGUAAACCCAGGUAUACAUUUCUAAGACAUUGGUAUGCAUGUCUUGCAAUCAACUAUUAACUUUUUUUGGGGUGGAAAAUCAAUUAUAAGCUCAACUAGGACAAAUGUUAUUGCUAAAUUUGAUUCUGUAUGCGCUUCCAUUUUUUAGGUAAUUGGAAAUAUGAUAUAUAGUUUAUAUAUUGUCUUGCUAAGAUUGGUCUCUGAAAUCUUGAUACCACUGUGGAUCGAUUGAAAUGACCAAGAACUGGUAUAUAGCUUUUUUUUUUUUUUACCAUGAAUUGGUAUAUACCUGUUGAGUCUGUUUCUACGACCCUGUUCAGCCUACUUAAGUUGUAACUAUGACUACAUCUUGUAACAACAAUGGGAUGACAGUCCGGGUUCUCGUUUGGAUGCUUACAUUCUGACCAAUGUGUGUAGUUCUUGUCAGUUUUGGCCUGUUUGAAAGGAAAACUGGCAUGAGCACAUAGCACCACUCAGUCUAAUGCAAUGAUGACCGCCACACUAUAGCUAAUCCAUGUUUUUAUUUGCUUUCUUCAGAUAUCAAUUCUUCAUUCAAUAAUUGGUGUGUUAACUACCAAGGAAAGGUGAGUUGUCUUUUUUUUUUUAACAAGUGUGAUAUAUGUUUGUAGUGUUUCCUAAGAGAUUUGAACCUGGGACAACCAGGUUCAAGACCAGUGGUAUUACCACAGGACCAAGUCCUUGUUUGUUUUCUCUUACUUGCUUUGUGGAAAGCAUCAUGCAUUAUGAUGCACGUCAAGACCUGCCGAGAUGAAUAUCAACAUCCCUUCAGGUUUUUUGAGUUAUUGUAUAUUGGAAGUCGGUUAAAAGUGUUAUGAUUAAGGACUGAGGUCACUUUUAGGUUGGAUUGAUGAAUUUAAUAGUUGGUUUACCUUUCUAUCUAUCUUGCGGAGCUCCAUGGCUUCUUACGAAGAACUGUGAAUCUCCGUAGGAUCUUGGGUCUCUUAGUUUUGAGUAACUCAAUCCUUUUUGUUGAAGUGAACUUGUCGUCUAUAGAUGGCUUCACCAUUGGUGCAAGGUGAAAAGGUUCGACAAAAGAGCGAAAUGCCAAAAAUGCGAAGGACCUAAAACAAUCGAUUGAUGAGCAUAGUUAUUUUAGGGUUCCAUAAUGUAUUUGUUUUCCUAAGAUGUUGAGUUUCAGCCAUAUUUGAAAAGCUCAGUCCAAAUACCAUAUCAGCCUGCUUAAAUUUGUACAGAGUCCAAUAUGUGAGCAAAUGAUGUUAAGAAAUAGUAACCAAAAUCGCAGAGAAUGGGUUGUGAAUCUUAAGGGCUUUGCUGAUGAUGUUGCUGCUGUGUGGUUCUUUGGAGUUCUUUUCAUUUUUCUGUAAUGUCUCUCAAACGGUUGCCAAUUAUCCUGCUAUCAGAUCAAGUCGGUAUGUGAGACUCAUAAAGGUGUUCUUCGUAAAGUCCUACCAGACCUAAGACAGGUAUGCUGUUUGCUUUUUUUUCACAAAUUGUUUAUUGGUUAUUAUGGAAUACAUCUGAGUUCUUUUUAUCUAUGAUAUCCUUGGUGUUUAUUUUAGUCAAUUGACACUGCUUGAUGGUUACUGAAGAAGUACUAUUCUGUAUCAACCAUUAGUUCAAUUGAACAAAACAAAAAAAUGCUUAAUGUAUCUGGAAUGGAUUCUAACAUGACAUUUCAGUUUAUGAAUUACUUAUUCCCAAAUGUGGUAUCUCCAUGUUAUCGCUACCAAUGUAAUCAAAACCGCGCUUUAAAAGCCUACGCUUUUACGAUUCUAGGUCAUCAAACGCUUUUACGUAGAAUUGAGCUUUUCCUAACUAAUGUGGUCCAAAUUGCGGUUUAAAGCUUAAAAGCUUACGCUUGUAGAUCACCAAAACGGUUUUAUGUAGAAUUAUGCUUUUGACUGCAUUGGUUGCUACAUUGAUGAUGUAGUUGAACUUGUUACAUUAGCUUAUACUGUCACAAAGUUGUUGCUGAUGUACUUAUUCCCAGAUGUGGUGUCACCAUGUUGUUUCGUCAUUGAUGUAGUCAAACUUGUUACAUUAGCUCAUGGAAACUCGUCUUUUGGUGGCAUUUUCUUUUACUUCCCGACAAAGUCGUUGCUGUGAUGCCUGAUGAGUUUCAAUACAUGGUUUCCAUUCUUGUACAGAUCUACGAGCGAUUUGACGUGGGCUCAAUUGCAGAUAUCGAUGAUAUACGCCUUGCUCAUUUCAUUAAUAAGGUUUUCCCGAAGAUCAAAGAUUCUGAAGAGGGAGGAAUCAUGAUAUUUAUCAGUUCUUAUUUCGAGUUUGUUAGAGUUCGUAACUUCCUGAAGUCUCAAAACGCAUCAUUUUGCCUGCUUGGAGACAACACUAAACCUAAAGAUGUGUCACGUGCGCGGAAUUGGUUCAUCCAGGGGAAGCAUAAAAUCAUGCUCUACACUGAAAGGCUUCUUUUCUUCCGCAGAUACAAGAUUCGUGGUGUGCGAGACUUGAUCAUCUAUUCACUUCCCGAAAGGAAAGAGUUAUAUCCUGAGGUUGUUAACAUGCUUGAAGGGGCCAACAACAGCAACAUGUCAUGCACUGCACUCUUUUCCAAGUUGGAUUGGUUGCGGCUGGAGAGAAUCGUAGGGACUGCUUCUGCAAAAAGGAUGGUAACGUCAGACAAGCCGGUGUUCGUGUUAUGUUGAGAUGAGAGUAGAGUGCAUUUAGUGGGUAAGUUUAUGGAGCAAAAAACUUCAUUAUCAGGAAUCAGGCGAGUCCACUAGAUGCAGAUAGAGAGCCAUGGAAUCUGCUUGGAUGGUCAAGGUUCCUUAUUUUGCUUCAAUUGAGCAACCAAAAUUUUGAUUCGAUUCGAUUUCGUAUAAAUUAUUGGCCGGUGGUUUGUUUUUGUGGUUGCAUUUGCAUGGUGCUAAUAGUUAAGAAUCUCUCUCUUACUCGGUGUAGUAUAUUGUCGUGGUUGGCUAUGUUUGUCUGACGGCUAAAUUGGGUUACUAGAAUUACUAAAACAAUUUACUGUUUUCCACUAAAAUUGGGUUAAUAAUAUUUUGUGUAUCCUUCUACUAUUGUAUAUUUACAACCGUACCUCUCUACAAAAUUUGUGUACAAACAUAAACUCUUUUAAUAUUAAAACGGGCUAAAUUACACGUUUGGUCUUUAGUCACUCGAAUUACAUAAAUCUUUCAUGUUUGUCACCCAAAUUACUUUUCUUUCAUAUUAACAACUCACUUUACAAUUUGUUUCACCGUUGGUCACCCUCCGUCAGAUUCCGUUAACGCAGUCAGAUUUUUGAUGAUGUGGCAAACAUAAGUGCUGACUGGGCUGACAGAGAGGCUGAGUUUGAUUGCCUAGUCAGCCACACUACCCGACCCAGUGAAAAAAGGCCCGUGUUUGCAAUUCAUUUUAAUUUAAUUUUACUUUAUUUUUUUGUACAAUUUAACUUUACUUUUUGGGGUUAAUUGCAAGUUUGGUCACUAAGGCCUUGUUUAGUAUAGUUUUUAACUAGUUGUGUUUUGUCAAGGUUUUGCCAACAGAAAAGCAACAACAACUCCAACACAACUGAAAUCAACAACGCGUUCAUCUCACAAAAUUGACAAAUUAUGAAACACAAAAAAAUCAAAAGAAAAACAUGUUUACUUCUGCUGUUUUCGUUGAUUUGAAGAGUUAAAAAAAUCAAGAUCUUGAAAUCUUGUUCGUCCUCUGCUGCUUCUGUUCUUGGCAAAAAAACAAGCAAAUGUAAGUGGCGGCCGUCCUCGGCUAUUCCUAUUCAUGAGGUGAACUUGUCGAUCCGGAAUGGGGAAUUUGCCGCCCGACCUUGAAGCUGAAGAAGCCGCUUCUACUGCCCCACAGGCCCCUGAAAUGAAGUCGUCUGGAUUUCCCCUGUCUCACCAAUCACCAUUGCAGCAAAGAGAGAAAAAGAAGGGGAUUAGGAGUGGGAUCUGAAUUAGAAAGAAAAAGGAAGGGGAUUUUGAGUGGGAUCUGAAUUGGAAAGAAAAAGACGGGGAUUUUAGGAUCCUACCGUCAGUGAAUUCGAGUUUGGCGGCGGAAGGAUGAUAAAGGUCUAAAGCAGCG